AUGCAGCAGCAGAUGGCCGGCCUCGUUCGUCAGGUCACCGGGCUCUCCCUUCGGCCGCGCCCUGCCGACGUGAGCUCCGGCAUCCAUGGCCAGCACCGCGUGGUGGCGCACGUGGCUGCGCGGCCCAAGUACUGCCGGCUCCGGGGAGCGGCUGCCAUCGCCGUCCCCGAGACCAGCCGCCAGCUGCUCGACCAACAAGAAGUUCGCCCCAGCAACGACACCGCAUCGAACCCGCUUAUUACCACCAUCAGGAAGGACAAGUUCUUCGAGAUCGAGAUGAAGGUCCGCGACGACGAGCUCGACGAGUACGGCGUCGUCAACAACGCCAUCUACGCCAGCUACCUCCACAGUGGUCGUGACGUGGUGCUCGAGCAGCUGGGCAUCAGCGUGGACUACUGGACAUCCACGGGCAACGCCAUGGCUCUCUCUGAGCUGAACCUCAAGUACUUCGCGCCUCUCAGGAGUGGUGACAGGUUCGUCGUCAAGGUGAAGCCCGUGCAGAUCAAAGGCGUGCGGAUGAUCGUCGAGCACAUGAUCGAGACCCUGCCGGAUCGUAAGCUCGUAUUGGAAGGCAGAGCGACCGUUGUUUGCCUCAACAAAGACUUCCGUCCAACUCGGGUGUUCCCGGAGCUGUCAGCGAGGGCAAUGGAGGUCUUCUCUUGCAAAGUUGCUUAA